CGUGAGAUAUAUAUUUAUAUAAAAUGAAGACGUGAUUUGCUUUCGCUAUUAGUCCAUCUCAAGCAAUAAACGGCUCAACGUCACAAAAAAUAGGCAGCGUCCGCAGAAUGAGUGAUAACACGAUGUCACUGUUGAAGUUAUUCCUAUUCUUAUCGUCGAUACUGUGUGCAUGUGGGCAGUCAACAGAAACUGCUACCAAUACUCCAGAGACCAGCACAGUCAGUGCCGAGGACAUUUAUAACUUGAACGAAGAAGAUUUCAAACUGUGGCUGUCCGGAGGAAACCCAAAGGCUUGGGAGACAAGCACACCACGUGUCACCACCACAACAAUGAGCUCAACCGAUAAUAGUGUUUUCACCGAACAAACCACACCUCGGCAGGAAGAAAUAACACCCCAACAACCAAUCAUCCCAACGGCGCCCGGUCCUGUAACUGACAACACCGAUCAAGGAUACUUCUAUCAUCGAGUCGAAGACAUUGCUAGUCAAAUUACACCUUUAGGACCGGAAGGUAAUUACCCAGACAACCAGAUAAUCAGAAUACCAUUGGUGGGUGUCGCACAUCACACCCAAAUUGUAUACAACGAUCAACAACAACGGUGGCGGCAGCAGCAGCAGCAUCAACAUCAGCAGCAGGAACAUAAUCAUCGACAGCAUCAUCAGCAACAAUCUUUUUGGAAUAAUCCUCAGCUCAACGCGGUUUUCUUGAAUCAGAAUCAACCUCAACAGCAACAUCAGCAAUUCCAGCAUCAUCAGUACCAGUUUCCACAAUUCAAUACAGCUGUAGUGUCCCAACAAGUUCCCCAACCGUACUACUAUGGGCCACCCACUAGCUAUGGGACAGGUUUUGCGAAUUCUUUUGCCGUAAAUCAUUAUUGAAGUGCUAACGGGUUAACAAGCUGACUGUGUUACGAUUUUAGCUCAAUUUUGGUAGUAACUAUAGUUUCUUAAAUUCUGAAACAGAGCCUUCGCGGGAAACACAACCGGUCCAGUAUCAAUCGAUAAAAGUCCUUAGUGAAUGUGACAUGAUUGAUUGGAUUGAUUGAUGAGGUUCAUUUACUGGCAGAAUUUAUGAAUAUUGUUAAAUAUUAGAAUAAGGGGUAAUAUCAGUGGGGGCUGUAUAUACUUAUAUAACUGCAGUUUUGUUUGUGUGUGUACAUAUUUGCAUAAUAAUUUAUUAUUAUUUUAUUGUCCAUGCGGAAACUAUCAAUUGAUCGUUCAGGAUAAAAAAAAUUAUUCCAAAUAUUUCGGUGAUGAAAAAAAACCUAAGGAAACUAUUUCUGAAAAAAUGCAAGACCAAAAAAAUAGUCAAUAAAUGAUAUUGUACAUUAGAA